UAUAUUACAUGAGAAAGGGUGAAAAUUGAAUCUAUACACUUUGACUAGCAAUGCUGGAAGAAAAAAUGAAAUUUACAGUUGCUGUGUUAGGUUUGUCUGAAUAUGUUUUUACUUCUGCUUCUAUUUUUAUUUGCCUUCAAAUUCAGCAUGUGGUUGGCCAAACCUCAGCAUUAUUUAAAAAAUUCUUCUCAAGUGAAGGACUCCCUAAAUUAUGGGAUUCUAUUCUAAGAUAGGAAUCUGUAGGAGGAUAUGAGUGUACAGGACUCUUUCAAGAAGAUGGUGAAAUGGGACAAUGACCUUCAGUCUCCUUUCUGUGGUCCUGCAAUUCUGGCCCUGGUGUAUGGCUAAGUCGCAUGCAACAUACUAAAAUAUUUUUAUUCUCUUUGUCAAUUUCUCUCUACUCUUUAUGUUUUUUAAAACGUAGGCAUUUAAAUUUUUAAAAUUAAAAAUGUUUCCUGUUCUCUUCAACGUCCACCAAGAGCAUUUACCAAUAAGCCUUUGGUAAAGUUCAGUCAAGGGCGCAAAAUUUCACUGGCUUGGCCAAUGCCCUUAGUCAAGAUGGCGGUAGCUACAUUCUAUUGCCCUUACUUGCCCUCAGCAAAGGUGGCUCCAGUGGCUUCCUUUCAAACCCUCUUUUCCCAUAACAAAUAUGGCGCCUCCGCUUCCGGAUUUGGAUGUGCUGCUGUUGCCGGUCGGAACACCAAUGUGACAAGAAAUGUCCAAGUGAUGAACCCAAUAAAGCACCUUUGUGGUCUCGAAAGCUCAGCCGGAGCGUUUGUGCAUCCAAGUGGCUAUCAACAGCCAAGCCUCGCUGUCCUUUCCAGAGCUGGGAACAGAAGAGCCCCACGGCCAUCCAGCUGAAACCACAAGCAGGACUAUGGCGACCCAGGAAGCUACUCCAGGCAGCCAGUCCGAGGAGAGCAGUGCCUUGGAUUUGCCAACAGUUUAUGACAUAAGAGAUUAUGUGCUGCAGAGACCCCACCAAGAGGCCGACAGUGAGGCUUUUAGUUCUGUAGAAGCCCUUUCUAGUCCUUGCUCUUCUGAUGCAGAUCCAGAUACCAGUAACCUAAAUUCCGAACAAAAUGAUUCCUGGACCUCUGAGAACUUCUGGCUGGACCCUUCUGUGAAGGGCCAGGUGAAGACCAAGGCAGAGGAUGAUGGGCUUCGGAAAUCCCUGGAUAGAUUCUAUGAAGUGUUUGGCUGUCCACAGCCGGCCUCUGGAAGUGCACUCUCCGCAGCAGUCUGCCAGUGCCUGUCUCAGAAAAUCAACGAACUGAAGGGCCAGGAGAGCCGAAAGUAUGCCCUCCGCAGUUUCCAAAUGGCCCGGGUCAUCUUCAACCAGGAUGGCUGCUCGGUCUUACAGAGGCAUUCCAGGGAUGUCCACUUCUACCCAUCGGGAGAAGGAAGUGUGUCUCUGGAUGAUGAAAAGCCAACCCCGGGACUUUCAAAAGAUAUCAUUCAUUUCCUCUUGCAGCAGAAUGUGAUGAAAGACCUCUAAGUAGUGCCUGGUGGUAAGAGCAGGCAGUGUGGAGGGUGGUCCGGUGGCCAACGCUGUUAGUGCACACCCACUUCCCCUCCAGCCCCUCUUGCCGGCUCUGUGUGUCCAGCCCCCUGUGUGUCUGGCCCCUGUGUCCACACCACCUCCCACCCCACCCUACCACUCCCUUUGACUUAAGGCCAGUGACUGACUGAUUGUGGAGCCCAGAAGCACAUCUUCCUUGCCCCAAGGAAGGAAGGACAUGCUCUGAGGCAUAAAUUAUUCUCCAGAGCUCCCCUCUGGAUCAGGCCAAGACUGGGACUUCACACGAAAUCACUCCCUCGCUCAGCACCUGCCAUUUCCCUGUCCUCCCAUUCAUCUACUGGUGUCUCCCAGGGGCCUUUCCUUCAUAUAUCUCUUGUACCUGGAUCCUUGACUCAGAAUCUACUUCUGGGAGAACCCAACCUAAGGGAACAGGCUUUCUUUGUUACAUGAGUUUUUUAAAGGAUUUAAAGCUCUGCGCCAAAGCAAGUAUAAGAAUUGUACCAAGUUGUAGAACUGAGACCAUGUGACUGCGCAUGUAUUUCCCAAAAUAACAUAAAGAUUUAAAUACGGUUCCCAAAAGUGCAUCACAUCUUCCUCAUACCCUUGCCUCUCCAAAGCCAGAAUUCCCUGUUUUGUCAGAAAUUCUAACAGGGUGUGGAAGGAACAUUUGGAUCAUCUAAAAUAAGAGCUAAGAUUUGCAAAUGAAAAGAAGGGGGGGGCGGGGCUCUCGGUCUCCACCAGAUUGGCAGUGUGGAAGGUGUGAAGAAAACAAAUGUGCGCCACCUACCGAAGGACGCGCCGCGAGGCUGACGAGACGCGGCCUUGGCAGUUUGUGGUGGAAGAGAGUAAGGAAUCCUUUGCCCAAGUGGACUCCUCCCUGUCAUUUUUGCCUUCUGCCUGUACCCUCUGUCACCCUCUGAACAGUUGGCCCCUCACCCCUGUCCCGUCCUUGCUCCGCCAGGGAGUGGCUUUAAAUAGCCAGCGCGGCUUGCGCCGGCAGAGGCCCUGCUCCACGGCCGGCCGUGUCCUGAAACCCCCUUUGAGACUCGGGUGGUAGAAUGACGUCACCUGGCACCGAGCUCUUGGAAGCUGUAACUGGAGGCCUCGUGCUAAUCCCUGCCUCGACAGCCCUUCAAAUAAAUUACGUUGGCAGAAAGAGGGCUAUCGUUUGUUUGGGGGAACAACAAGAUGAGGCUGGCAACACUGUGCAGUUAGAUUUUGAGAAACUCGAGGUGAAAUUUCAUUGGCCUAAGGCUCCAUAAGCUUGCCAGAAAGCGGAGUUUGCAAACGGAUCGGCCUCCAGGCGCGCAUGAAGAGUGAGUGAGCCCUCUCAGGCAGGUCUCUUGGGGACUCUCCGAGCAAGAGUGGGGAUUUUGCUUGAAAGGUCAGGGAUUACAUACCAAGGCUUCCAGUGCCGGGAAGAGCAGAGGUAAGAAACAGUGUUUCACACUGCAGUGCAGAAGCCCCUUGGAAGAGACCUAAAUGAUAGGAACUAGGAAAUGGGGAGGUCUUUGAGAGAUACUGAAGGAAACAAUACUCUGCGUUUUCCUCUGACAAGCAAUCAUGUGAGUCUUUCCCCAGGAGCUUCUCCUAUGCAACACCCCCAAAUUACUCGUAAACCAGUGGGCCUUACAAUUGAAAAUGUGCAGGUUGAAUUUUAAGGUCCGUAGUUUUAUUGUUUUUUAAGGUGGAGCAAAUUAAUAGACGCAACUGAAGAAUGCUGUAGAUUUCAGAAUUAUUCAUUCACUGAAAGGAAUAUUGGAGAUUAGUUUCCAUGGCCACCAACAGAAGGAAACUGGAUUAUUUUAUACUGUUUUUAUAACACAGAAGAUAGAAGCUAUUCCAAUCUCCAUGCCGGAAGCAGCCGCUUCUGUUUGGCACCGAGAUUUUAGUAUUGGUAAUUUUGUAACCUUUAUUAUCAUCAGUGCUGAGGGUGCUCAGUAAAAAGAGGUAGAUCCUGAAACCAGAGCAUUUAGAAACCUGGAAGCCAGAAUCACCUUAGGGUGAAGGAAAAAAAAAAAAAAAAGGAAAAAAAGAGUGUGGUGUGUGUUUGCUUGUAUCUGAGUAAGUGCUUGUGACAGGUCAGUACAAGAUAUUUGAUUCCCUGCAGUCUCGCUCUCUAAUUUGAUCUUCUUCACAACGUUGGGAUGGCAUUUUCCAUUUAUCCCUGUUUACCUUUAAUAAAGACUAAGAGAUAAGGGUGUUAAGGCUCUGGCCUUUGGCAUUAUUGUCUGUCUCUGCCCUCCUGAUCACUUCACCGUCUUAUCAUCCCGUGAACAUUCUCACUGGCCUAUGAUAUCAUCUGUGGCCCUUUUCAGAGGUCUCUGCGAGGGAGGAUUUGCUCGCAGGAACAUCAGAACUCCAAAGAAGAGAAACUGCUACCAGUGUCUUGUAUGUGUAUGACUGUUACUUCACUAGUCAUUUCUUUACAUGACCUACGUGAGAACACAUGCUGUAGAUCUUAUUACCAGCAAUUAGCACAAGACAAUAUGGAGAUCACCAGCCAGCCCAGGUGGCUCCUUGCUGAGAGAGAAUUUUCAUCUGGAGAACAGAUGGGGAUGGUUUGCUCAAACUACUCGUUUCCAGAGCUGCUGGUAGUAUACAAAAUAACUGUAGGUGCCACAUGGACGAACAAUGUUUAUCUUCAUGGUUAUCUAUUUUGUUUAAUGUGUUAGAAAAAUAUAUAACUACCACGUUGAAUCUGUGCUUUUACAGACAGCAUGUAGGACAAGCCUAAUAUAUUUAAAAUUUUAAAGUGAAUUAGUGAAAAAGUUAAUGCUGUCGACAAUAUACAGAUAUGUCAAAAAUUAUAAAGGUGGUAUACCAGGAAAUGAUUGAAAUUUGGGAUAUAAGGGGAGAGAGAAUCUAUUCUACCUUCUGUAUCCCCCGUUUCUCUCCGGGAAUACUGCAGGAAGCUUCCAUCAGGUCAACCCACAUCUUCCUUUGCUUCUAUUUAGUUUUUAAGUUUUUUUUUAAUGUUUAUUUAUUGAGAGAGCAAGAAUGAUCAGGGAAGGGGCCCAAAGAGAAUCCCAAGCAGGCUCCUCACACAGCGCAGAGCCCAACUCAGGGCUCGAUCCCAUGAACAGUGAGAUCAUGACCUUAAUAAAAAUCAAGAGCUGGUUGCUUAACCAACUGAGCCACCCAGGCGCCCUAUCCUUUGCCUCUCUUUACUCUGCAGCUGUGUUGCAAACCCUUUUAAAAAGCAAACAGAUGUGAAUAGCCAGAAAAUUAAAGAGAAGGGACUAGCCUUGUCAAAUAUGAAGACGUUUUUAACUUACAGUAACUAAAGCAACAACAAAACCAAAGUAGACAAAUCAAAGAAAAAGCAUUCAGCCCAUAGACCUAAAUGUAUGUGUAAAUGGAGUAUUUGAUGAAGGUAACAUUUCA